CGCUGCUGGCUGCCGCCCGGGCUCGCCUUGAGGAGGAGCGGACGGGGGCCAUGUCGGCGGCGGGCGGUGCCCGGGAGGGCGUCAGGGAGGGCUCGGGGGCCGCGGCUGGUGGUGGCCGUGGUCUCCUCAACCGCUUCGUGCAGCUGCCGGGCAGGCCGCGCUCGGCGGGCCAUAGAUGUCCGCCAGCAAGAAGUGGCCAUCGUUGCGUGGCAGAUAAUGCCAACUUGUAUGUGUUUGGAGGCUACAAUCCUGACUAUGAUGAGUCCGGUGGGCCAGAGAAUGAAGACUACCCGCUCUUCAGGGAACUCUGGCGAUACAACUUUGCUACAGACACCUGGCAUCAAAUAGGCACUGAAGGCUACAUGCCCAGGGAACUAGCCUCCAUGUCACUUGUACUGCAUGGCAACAACCUGCUUGUGUUUGGGGGCACCGGGAUCCCCUUUGGGGAGAGCAAUGGCAACGACGUCCACGUCUGCAAUGUCAAGUACAAACGAUGGGCUCUGCUCAGCUGCCGAGGAAAGAAACCCAAUCGAAUCUAUGGCCAGGCCAUGGCCAUCAUCAAUGGUUGUCUCUAUGUAUUUGGAGGAACGACUGGUUACAUUUACAGUACCGACCUACAUAAGCUAGACCUCAACACUAGAGAGUGGAUCCAGCUGAAACCAAACAACAUGUCCUGUGACAUGCCAGAGGAGAGGUACAGACAUGAAAUUGCACAUGAUGGUCAACGGAUUUAUAUCUUGGGAGGUGGAACUUCCUGGACAGCUUAUUCCUUAGAUAAGAUCCACGCAUACAACCUUGAAACCAACACCUGGGAGGAAAUUGCUACAAAACCUCAUGAAAAAAUUGGCUUCCCAGCAGCCAGAAGAUGCCAUAGUUGCGUUCAGAUAAAAAAUGAUGUGUUCAUUUGUGGAGGCUAUAACGGAGAAGUGAUUCUGGGAGAUGUUUGGAAGCUGAAUCUGCAAACUUUCCAGUGGGUCAAGCUCCCAGUUGCCAUGCCGGAGCCAGUGUAUUUUCACUGUGCUGCUGUCACACCAGCUGGCUGCAUGUAUGUUCACGGAGGGGUGGUCAACAUCCACGAAAACAAACGGACUGGCUCUCUGUUUAAAAUGUGGCUGGUGGUACCCAGCCUGCUGGAACUGUCGUGGGAGAAGCUCCUGGAAUAUUUCCCUCAUCUAGCAACUCUCUCCAGAUCUCAGCUUUUGCACCUUGGACUGACGCAGGGACUUGUUGAGCGGCUAAAAUGAGAACAUUUCAUGCUUCUGUCCAAGACACACUACAUUUAAGAAGCCCCCUCCUGCCCCCUAUUUAUGGAUACUGUGGAUGGUCUUGCUAGGAACAUGGAGGAACCCGCUCAACGCCUUACUCAGCAAAUACAUCGAUGCCUUUGUAGAAAUUUUUACUUUAAGUUGUUGAAAAUCCACUUUUUAUUUAUGGAUCUCUAAAUUACACCGUUAAUCAAAAAUACUCUCUGGGACUAAUCCAUAACAUCCAACCAUCAAACUGUCAUUGGAACAUGCUUGCAGCUUAACUGGGGAGGGCGGGGAGCUUAGUGAAUGUCUGAGCCCACCCUUACACGUGGCGCAUUCAACUUCCUAUUUUCCCAAGGUGUAUCUAACAGAGGGCCUUCAAUGCAGAACGACAGCUGACCUCUUCUUUUGCUUUGGAUGACGCUCAUCCCCCCCCCCCAACGCCCAGCUGAGCUCUCCCGCUAUAAAACCAAGAAUUCCUGCCGCUUGAAGGCUUUGCAUGUGCUUCGUGGACAUGUUCCCAUCUCUUUGAGCUUCAGAAGACGGCUGGAACGUCGCACGGGGCAGGGAGCAAAGCUUUGCCUGUGCAGCUUUUCCGGUGCAGUGUGUGGUGAUAUGAAACCCCCCGUGUCUGUUCCUCACCUUUUCAUAUUGAAAGGUUUGCUUGGAAGACUGGUUAAAACUUGCCACUUAACAGACUACUGUGUAGUUUACUUGGGGUGGUGAGGGGAGGGAAAAGGUUUUGCUGACUCUUUUUUUUUAACCCUUUCUGCUCACAUUGCCCUCUGAACGAGCCAACAGCAAAAAACCUCACCCUGUAGAUUUCAGAGCUGUCUUUUAACCUGCAGCAUGACGUACCCAGUGCUUGGGUGUGAGCUGCCCACGCUAACGCAGUCCUGGUUAUGAGCAUCUGACUCUAAUGUGUACCCGUAAGCUUUUUGUUUUCCUUCCUUCCACACAUCACGGGUUGGCCUUUUUCUAGUUAGCUUCGUGUUCCUCUGCUGUGCGUGGUUUUAAUGCGGCUCCUUGGAAACUCCUGGAUCGCUCAUCCAGGAAACACAGCAUCAAAUAAAGGGGAGAGGGAACCUCACUCCUCCUUGCUGUGAGUAGUGGUCGUCUCUGCACAGGCGGGAGAUGGAGGGAUGUCUGUCUGUCUCUUGCCUUGCUGUGCUUCAUAUACUGUGAAAUUUGCUUUAGAGACCAUGUGUAAGCAGCCAUCAAACUCUGAGCAGCACCACUUGGCUGGCAUCAGGUUUUGCAAAAUCCUUUUCAUUCGAAGACCAUUUUUAAGUGCCUUUUGUUUGUUUUUUUAAAUCUGCUUUUCUUAGUACCCUCCCCUUCCAUAAUCAAAGGCAAGGGUUAGACUCUGGGGUUUUAGUUUCUUUUUAAGAUAUUGCUUUUAUGUUUAAAUAAACAAUAGCAUUGUCUUCAUGUUGUGAAUCUGAA